ACUGAAUAAAUACUCUGCAAAAUAUCUGAACGGUUAAGUACAGCAGACGAAAACAGAAAUGCGGUAAAUGUGGCACGGCACGCGAUCAAAGUCCUCACGAGUUGCCAGGAAACCCGGGGGCACAGUAUUUGUGGAACACAUGGGGAGGCUUAUAAAUAGUAACGGAUGAUAUGCUUUAAAAAAUACUCAAAGAAAUAAAUGUGGCACAUUUGAUGCAAACAAAUUGGAUUUGAACAUUGUGUACUUGUAGGAAGCCCACUACCUGCAUUAUCUUUUUAUGCACCGAGUAGCGUCAAUGUAAAUGCAGAUACAGCGAAUGAAUAAUGUAAAUCUCAAAACCGCAGUAACUAUUAUUUUAUGCACAUUUAGGAGUAUUCUCAGAAACAAUGGAGAGGGAUAUUUUUUCUUAAAAAGACAAUACAAAGCUUUAAUGUAAAUUUUAACGCGAAAGGCAGUUGAUUGAAUCUUGUUUUGCAAUAUUGGUUUUUGAUCAUUGGUUUGGUGAUGUUAAAUAGCCGUUUAACGAACAGAAAUAGGCGUUGCACCUGUACUACGUCAUGACGUUCCAGACGUAAAAAAGUGGGUGGGUGUAUUUUUCACUAGUCACCAAAAGAGGGCGCCCUGGUAGCUUGUUUUUCAAUAAAGUGUAGCAGUUUGUCUUCCGGUCAGCUGUGUAUGGGGAGCCGUCAGUGUCAUUGCUACAUUGUUGUGUUUGAAUGGUGUUUCGGUAACUGUUCAUUGGGGAAUUGUCACAUUUUAGUGUCGUGUCAAGGACCAAAUGUUUCUCCUGACUGAUGUAUACAGUUAGCAACGCAUACCUGCUUACUUUAAAAACGGAAAGUCAAAAUGACUUCAGAGUUGGCUGAAACUUCCUCAGUACCCGUUGGUGUUGGAAUCGCUGUAGUAUCCAGUUUCAUAAAUGGAUCGACGUUUGUUUUGCAAAAAAAGGGAAUUUUACGCGCAAGAAAACGAGGUAUCCGUAUUAUCAAAGGAAAAAUACAGUCACUAGGAGGAUCAUACUUGACAGACUGUGUUUGGUGGAGCGGUACCGUAUCUAUGAUUGUGGGUCAGAUUGGCAAUUUCCUGGCCUACAAUGCUGCCCCUGCUGCCUUGGUGACCCCUCUAGGAGCCCUCGGGGUGCUGUUUGGGGCCCUGUUGGCUUCCUGGGUGCUCCAGGAACGUCUGACCACCCUGGGGAAGCUGGGCUGUGUCCUGUGCUGCGUGGGAUCUGUGGUGCUGAUCAUCCACGCUCCAAAGCUGGAUAACGUGAGCUCCAGAGCGGAGCUGGAGACCAGGCUCCGAGAUCCCUUGCUUUUUGCCUACAUCUUUAUGGUUCUGCUGAUUCUGGCCGUGCUGAUCACGUGGGUGGCUCCACUUCACGGCUCCUCGAACAUCAUGGUGUACGUCUCCAUCUGCUCGCUGCUGGGAACCUUCACCGUGCCCAGCAGCAAGGGGCUGGGCUUGGUCGCCCCUGAAGCCUUUGCAGGUGGCUCUCCCAACAGCGGGACGCACGCACUCUUCCUGGGUCUCCUGGGAACACUGGCCGUCAGCGUCCUCCUCCAGUUCACCUUCAUCAAUAAGGCCCUGGAGAGCUUCAGCCCCAGCAUGUUUGAAGCCAUAUACUAUGUGGCGUUCACCACUUCCGUCAUCCUGGCGUCGGCCGUGAUUUUCAAGGAGUGGACUGCCUUGGGUGCGGUGGACUGCCUGGGUAUGCUGUGUGGCCUCGCCGUCGUCUCCGUUGGUGUCUUCCUGCUUCGAAUGCCCCAAGAAACACCUUUCGACUGGAAGCCAACCAAGGUUCCUGCCAAAGACGACUGACGACCUCAGGAGCUUUUAGAGAGAGAGUUUUAACUUGCUAAUCUAUUUAACUUACUGGACAUUGCAGCUAAUUUUAAUAUUUGCGUAAUUUAUAAAAUUCUAACGAAACGUA